GAUAGAUGUGCUCUAAUAAACAGCCGAUCAUGUUUUAGCUAGGUACACACGAAAAGAGAAGAAUCCAAUCCAGAUAGCUGGACUCCUAUCGGUAGAGACCUUGCAAUUGCAAUAUUGUAAAAUUUGGUAACAACAAGAUUUCGUAUAUUUCAAACCUUGGGCGUGUGAAUCAAAAUAGAUGGCUUAAUUCCAUUGAAUACCUAUCCUUUUCCAUUCCGGACAUUGAAUAAAAUAUAUUCACAUAUCAUUAUUAUCCACAACUUUUUUGUCAUCUCGAAGUCCUCAAAGCGCAAUUGUACGUGGUGCGUCAUGCAAUCAACUCAGCCUUGCCCUGUCCCACUUGUCCUGUUCUGCUUGUGCUGGGCAGGGGCGGGAGCUACAGCUACAGCUAUUCCCCACCCCGCUCUCCUCUUGCCCUUGCUCGCCUUGGUCUGUCCUCGCUGCGAACCGAUGCACCUCUGGAAGUCAAAUCGACCUCCUCGUCUCGGUGCAUACAAAACCAACAUCAACAUCAACCUCAAAAUAUCCUCUCAUCACCAACCUCCCCCCCUCUUAUCCCAUCCAAUCAAUCUCCCUUCCAAUCCAACAAUCCUGCCCAUUUCCCCCGCUUGCACCCUGUCUAUAUCCUAGGCUCAAUUGACAGCCAAGACACCACUUGCAGUGGCUGACGGGCUGUGCUCUGCCCCAUUCCAUUCAUGACCAGCCCAUACCCGUUUUCGUCCCUGGGUAUCAUCCCGACCACUCAGCACUGCCCCUCGAAACCAGCUGGGCUGUUGGGCUGAAGUGGAUGGAGGAUGGCAGGCAACCAACAGGGUGCUUGAUUCUAGCUUGUUCGCCAUCACGUACGACGACAUAAAGUCCAGGGCUCGUGUCCCGUUUACUUUGCUACCCCUCUUGCUUUCCUCAUUAACAAUUCUCUCCCUCACUUGGACAGAUUCGCAGAUUGACAGAUUUCAUACACAAGACUCGAGACAAUGGCAUAUCAACCUCCCUACGGUGCUCCUCCAGGACAGCAGCAAUAUGGUGCCCCGCCACCAGGUCAUUCCCCCCAACCACCUUAUGGUCAGCAACCGUAUGGUGCUCCUCCUCCUCAGCAAUACGGAGCGCCUCCCCCACAGCAACAAUAUGGUGCGCCGCCUCCACAGCAGCAAUACGGAGCUCCCCCUCCUCAGCAGCCGCCUUACGGCCAGCAGGGCUAUCAACAACCUCAAUAUGGUGCCCCUCCUCCCGGUCAAUAUCCUCCCCAGCAGCAACAACCGCAAUAUGGAGCGCCUCCCCCAGGACAAUAUGGAGCUCCCCCUCCACAACAACCAUAUGGCCAACAAGGUCAAUAUCCUCCUCCACAACAGCCUCCCUACGGCCAACAACCGCAAGGAUAUCAACAACCUCCUUACGGCUCACCAGCUCCAGCAGCAGGAGGAUACGGUGCACCUCCUCCACAACAAUACCCUCCACAGCCACAAUAUGGAGCUCCCCAGCAGCAAUACACACAACCUACCCCUCCAUCCCUUGGCUACGGUCCACAGCAACACAUUGCAUAUGACGGAAUCUCAGACGCAGAAGCUCUAAAGAAAGCAAUGAAAGGAUUUGGCACCAACGAAAAACUCCUCAUCCAAACCCUGGCGGACAAAGACCCCCUACAAGUAGCCGUCAUCCAAAAAGUCUACCAGCAACGAUUCGGCAAAAACCUCAUCAACGAAAUCAAAGGCGAAGUUAGCGGCUCCUUCGAAGACGGUCUCACAGCCAUCGUACGCGGUCCUCUGCAACAAGAUGUCCUGAACCUCAUCCAAGCCACCGACGGCCCGGGCACGAAAGAGAAAGUCCUCAACGAUGUUCUCCUGGGUCGCUCUAACGCAGACAUGAAAGCCAUCAAAGAAGCCUAUCAGAAGACAUACCACCGCAAUCUAGAAGCAGACAUCAAAGCCGACCUGAGCAUGAAAACCGAGAGGCAUUUCCUAAUGGUUUUAGCUGCAAACCGGAAUGAGGAGUCAGCGCCUGUGAUCCCUCAGCAGAUCGAUCAGGAUGUUCUGGAGCUGUAUAAAGCGACUGAGGGGAAGACAGGCACAGAUGAAUUGUUGGUGUGCCAGAUUUUGACACAGAGGAGUAAUGCGCAGAUUGCAGCCAUUGCACAUACAUACAAGCAAAAAUACCAGCGUGAUCUCGAGACCGUCAUUAAAAAGGAAUUCUCCGGCCACAUGGAAGACGCACUGAUCCACCAACUCCGCACCGGAACCGACAAAGCCAUGCGCGACGCCAUCCUCCUUGAAGAAGCCAUGGCGGGAGCAGGCACCAAGGAUAACCUGCUCGUCAAUCGCGUUAUCCGCGCGCAUUGGGAUAGGAAUCAUAUGAGUCAGGUUAAGGGCGCGUAUCGUGCGAGGUUCCAUAGGGAUCUGGCGAGUAAGAUUAAGAGUGAGACGAGUGGGGAUUAUGAGAAGUUGAUGGUGGCUUGUAUUGGGGAGAGGUAGGUGGGUGGUGGUUGAUAGAGGGAGGGAGGCAGGGAGGGGUAAUGGGUUUGAGGGUAGGGGGGUUUGGAUGGGAAUUGGAUGUUGGAUGCGUGGAUGCGUGGAUAGGACGGGAUGGAUGGAGGAAGGAAUAAUUCAUACGUUGGCAGUUCAGUAUUGUCGCCUGGUUGGACCUCUCUGGCUACUGCUCUCUUUCAUUUUGGCUUGGCUUGUCUUGGCUUGGUUUAGGUGUACGAUACACCCCUUCUGCUUCUCCUUCUCGUUUUUCUUGGGUAUGAGAGCCUACGAUAGGAUAGGAAAGGAAAGGAUAGGAAAUCGAUACCAGUUUCUUCACAUCUCCCUGCUCCCCUUAUUUUAAAUACCCAUACCGUCACCAAUCUUCCUUCCUACAUACUUCCUCUUCUUAUUCCCUAACCGAGUCUAAGUGCGAAAUAGGUUACACUCCCUAUAUGUUGGGUUUUCAGAGGAGACUUUAUCAACAGCGAAGUACCGGUAUAUAUAUAUAUAUACUGAAACGCCAUCCACUCCCCUCUCCUCUGGGAGUCUGGCUCGGAACCUCUUGAAAGAAGAAAAAGGAAAUGGAGAUGGAAGAUGCAAGAAGGUAGAGGUGGAGGUGGAAGGAGGGAAGGAGGGAAGGAGGGAAGGAGGGAAGGAGGGAAGGAGGGAAGGAGGAGCUGACGGGAUAAGCACAACCACAAAAAGCAGAUAUUCUUUCAUAUUUAAAGGCUUCAAUGGACAGUAUACCUCGGGAGUAGUCAGACUCUCUUGAUCAUCCACUCUCUCACACAGGCGACGAGAGAAUUACUCGGGAUUGAUUGAUUGGGUGGGGGGUUGGCCGAUGCGUGAGUGAUUGAUUAGAAGACUAAUACUAGGGUAGAGAAGAGUGAAUGGCCAGUGCUGGCUAUGUCUUUCUCUCUCCCUCCCUACCUCUCCCUCUUCAUGUAUAUAUAUAUCAAUCCCCUGGCGAGAUAGAGGGAAGAAGCCACCAUGUAAUAGACGUUAUCAUCGAUAUUUGCUCUUACGUUUGAAGUGUAGUUUCUCUUCGGGGGAGGAGGAAAUGCCUAGCCUUGAAAAUUUUGCAAGAGGAUUUGGUUUGCGAGGGAAGGUCUGAUGUGGCGUAAUGUAUUUCAUUGUGUUGUUCCACACGAGUUAGAUAGAGACGGUAAAAAGAUGUUUAUGAUAUGGAG